GUUAACUAACCCGGCUAGAACUUUUGUUGGACGCGAUUUUGAUAAAGCACUGAAUUAUAAGGAAUGAUUAUAUACAGUUUUAUUUUAUAUUUUUACAAGAUGCUAUACUCACAUCUUCGACCACGAUGACCUGAUCUCAUACGUGAAAAAUAACUUUAACAGUUACAUUAAAGCUCGUUGCUCUACCAAAGCAAUUGGAAAAAAAAAAAAUAUUUCUUCGAGGACAAGUUAGUCUUAUGCACCUUCAAAGAAAAUUACAAGUAAUUCGGUGUAUAUAUAGUGCCGUUGAUGCAUUAAACACUCGUGCAAUUAUUCCACACAUAACGACCGAAAAGAACCACUCUAGCUUUGCUUCCAUUUCUAUUUUCAGCCACAACACGUUUCUUUGCUUGUUUCAAAACAUUUUAACAAAAUGGGUCAGCUCCAUUUUUUUCUCUUUCCCAUGAUGGGUCAAGGGCAUAUGAUUCCCAUACUAGACAUGGCCAAGCUCUUUGCUUCCCGUGGUGUUAAGGCCACCAUAAUCACUACCCCUCUCAAUGAAUAUGUUUUCUCCAAAGCUAUUCAAAGAAACAAGCAUCUGGGUAGCGAAGUCGAUAUCCGUUUGAUUAAAUUCCCAGCUCUGGAGAACGGCUUGCCUGAAGAUUGCGAACGCCUUGAUCGCGUUCCUUCUGAUGACAAGCUCCCCAAUUUCUUCAAAGCUGCAGCUAUGAUGAAAGAACCACUAGAGCAGCUUAUUGAAGAAUGUCGCCCAAAUUGUCUGAUUACUGAUAUGUUCCUUCCUUGGACUACUGAUUCUGCUGCCAAAUUUAACAUUCCUAGAAUUGUUUUCCACGGCACUAGCUACUUUGCGCUAUGUGUCGGAGACAGCAUCAGGCGUAAUAAGCCUUUCAAGAAUGUGUCUUCUGGUUCUGAAACUUUUCUGGUAGCAGAUUUGCCUCAUGAAAUCAAGCUGACUAGAACACAAUUGUCUCCAUUUGAGCAAUCGGAUGAAGAGUCAAUUAUGUCCCAGAUGGUAAAAGCUGUCAGGGAUUCAGAUUCAAAGAGCUAUGGAGUUAUCUUCAACAGUUUCUAUGGGCUUGAACCAGAUUAUGUCGAACAUUAUACCAAGGUUCUUGGUAGAAAAAACUGGGUUAUUGGCCCGCUUUCGUUGUGCAACAGGGAUAUUGAAGAUAAAGCUGAAAGAGGGAAAAAAUCCUCUAUCGAUAAACAUGAGUGCUUGAAAUGGCUUGAUUCGAAGAAAUCUCAUUCCAUUGUUUACGUUUGUUUUGGAAGUGUAGCAAAAUUCACUACAUCACAGAUGCAAGAACUCGCUAUGGGACUUGAAGCUUCUGGACAGGAUUUCAUUUGGGCUGUCAGGACAGACAAUGAAGAGUGGAUGCCUGAAGGAUUCGAAGAAAGAACGAAAGGAAAAGGAUUAAUUAUAAGAGGAUGGGCACCCCAAGUGCUAAUUCUUGAUCACGAAUCUGUUGGAGCUUUCGUGACUCAUUGUGGAUGGAACUCGACGCUUGAAGGAGUAUCUGCAGGGGUCCCAAUGGUGACAUGGCCAGUGUUUGCUGAGCAAUUUUUCAACGAGAAGUUGGUGACUGAGGUUAUGAAAACUGGGGCUGGCGUUGGUUCGGUGCAAUGGAAGAGAAUAGAUAGUGAUGGAGUGAAAAGUGAAGCAAUAGCAAAGGCAAUAAAGAGAGUGAUGGUGAGUGAAGAAGCAGAGGGAUUCAGAAGCAGAGCUAAAGCUUAUAAGGAGAUGGCAAGACAAGCUAUUGAAGAAGGAGGAUCAUCUUACAUUGGAUUGACUACUUUGCUUCAAGAUAUAAGUUCCUAUAGUUCCACUAAUUAAGUAGUGAUUGAAAAAAAUAUGUAUGGUUUCUGUAGUGUGUGUGUUUUGUGCGCUUAUUUUGACAUUACCCUUGUUUUUAAUAAUUAAUGUCAUGAAAUGAAGUAUUGCAGCCCAA